CAAUUUCGGAAGAGGAUGGUGAGGUUUUGGGAGCCUACUGUACAUGUACUGCAGGAUUGGGGCAAACAUGCAACCAUGUUGCUGCAUUACUUUUUCGCAUCGAGGCUGCUAAUCAGUAUGGGCAGACAUCAUGUACUAUGGCCAGAUGUGGUUGGGUGCAGCCAAAGGUGAUGAAAGAUUUGGAGCCACAGAAAAUAUCAGCCUUAUGUACCAGCCUGAAGAAAUCUUCUCGAGCUAAAUAUGCUAAAAGCAGACCACUAGUGGCCACUGAAAAGAAAAAGUACAACCCUCUUGAAAUUGAGGAGUCCAACACCGCCAUACUUGACAGUUUGAGCAUUGCACUUCGUGGUGUUGUCCCCGAGGCCUGUUUAUUCAAAGGUUUACCUCGGACUGGUGAUGUUCCAACUUCAGCUCAGGAAGCAGAGGGAGCCAUAGGAUCAAACGAAGAAGAUACAGGCCAUGAAGACCUUUCUGUUAUUGAUAAAUUUGAUUUAUCAACCAUAUCAAAGUCUUAUGGUUCUCAAAAUACUUGUUAUGAAUCUUUAAAUUUUUUACCAAAAAUUGAUGAUUAUGAAAUUUCAACUAUUGAGAAAUUUACUGUUGGACAACAUGAAAAUGAAAAUUGGCACCGCUUGCGUAAAGGACGGAUAACUGCUUCUAAAUUUUAUCAAGUAUAUACAAAAGUGAACUCUGUUCUGGAUGGUCGUAGAAAAGAUGUACAAGUAGAUUGUUCUUCACUUACCAAGUCUAUCAUGUGCUAUACAAAGAUUAAUCCCAAUAUCAAAUCUUUAAAAUAUGGUAGAGAAACUGAGCCAUUAGCAAUCUGUUCUUAUUUAAAUACUUAUAAAAAACAACAUGUCAAUGUGUCAUCAAGAAAGUGUGGACUGUUUAUAGACAAGAGAAAUAUUUUUCUUAGUGCUACACCAGAUUUAAUGGUUUCUUGUUCAUGUUGUGGAGAUGGUCUUCUUGAAGUUAAGUGUCCUCUUGUACCGGAGUGUAAAAAAUGUAAAUCUUUUUGUGUUUGUCAUCUUCCAGAAUAUGUAAAAAUUUCUAAUGAUGGUUUUUGUGUUAAAAAAAAUCAUGCAUAUUUUACCCAGAUUCAGGGUCAGCUCGGCAUAACAGGUCGCAAUUGGUGUGAUUUAUAUAUAUACACAAAAAAUGGCCCAUUACAAUGUAGAAUCAAAUUUGAUCAAAAUUUUUGUAAACUUAAUGAAUGUCAAGAGAAUAUAGAACCUAUGGAUGUUGAUGUGGGUACAAGUAACAGUUCUCGAUAUUUUUGUCCAGUGUGUAGAAACAUCAUAAAAGAAACAGGGUCUAUUACAUCCUAUAGUGACAGAAGCAUUGCUUGUGAUGAAUGCAAUUUGUGGUUUCAUUUUAAGUGCUAUACAUAA